UCCACUUCGUCUUCUACCUCCCAUCACUUCUCCUGUAAUCAGUUUGAGUCGGAAAAAGCUUGUCUUUUACCAAGAAUCAGUUCUGCUGUAAUCUGUUUCAGUCCGAAACAACUUCGCCUGAAGGAUUCGUCUCCGAAUACUUCGUCGCCUUCACCUAUCUGAAACCACAUCGCCUCUGCUUCGAAAGUAUUUGUCUCCGAAUACUUUGUCGCCUUCUCCUAUCCGAAACCACUUUGCAGCUUUUUUCUUCUCAAAAUACGUUCAAGAAUGUUCACUGCCACAGCCUCUGCUUGCGCCGUCGCAAUUCGCGGGUUGCUGCAUUCCUUUCGCCAACAUAUGCAUAAACCUCCACUAAAAUUCCCCAUCUCUUCAUUCCACUUUUCUAACACUUUUCUCAAUCUACCCGCUUCCAAAAAACCGUGCGAACCUAUGGCAAUCAAGAAGAAUUUCUAUCCUGAAUCUCUGAACGACUUCUUGAAUUUAAACCGAGAUUCAGCUGUUUCUACUGUUGCGCACACACAGAACGCCACUAAAGACCAAACAACACCAAAGGUGAAACUCACACCCAAGGUGAAACUCUUGUGCAGCUUUGGUGGCAAGUUUAUGCCCCAACAUGGUGACGGAAAUCUACAAUACAUUGGCGGACAAUCACGUAUUAUUGCCAUCAGUCGUGAUACCACUAUUCAGGAGUUUUAUUGCAAGAUGCAAGAUAUCUAUGGCGGUCCUGUACGCAUCUGCUACCAACUUCCCGAUGAAAGUCUUGACACUCUUGUCUCGGUUUAUUCUACUAAGGAUUUUGAGAAUAUGAUGGAGGAGACAGAUUAUCUCUCAAGAGCCUCAAAAUAUGAAUCCACUAAGCUUUGGUUAUUUCUCUUCUCUUCAUCCGGUCUAGAGGAUGUUUCGGGUAUAUUCGAUAGUACAGUUCUUAAUGAUUGCGGGCUGAGUUAUAUUAACACAACCAAUAAAGCAUUCGCUUCUGAGUCAAAUGUCAACAGUAGGAAUUCGAAAGCCGGCACUAUACAUGCCACCUCCACUGUAAACUUAAGUGCGAGAUGUGAAGAAUUCAACAUUAAAUGGAAUGAUGAUAUUUCAGCGCUGGAGCAACAGAAACUUCCAGCCCAUUCCAAUGUUGUUGACACGAGAAAUGUGGGCAACCAACUUGGCAAGGUGAAACUCCUCUGCAGCUUUGGCGGAAAGUUUAUGCCCCAGCGUAGUGAAGGAAAUCUACGUUAUGUUGGCGGACAAUCACGUAUUAUUGCCAUCCAUCGUGAUACCACCAUUCACAAGUUUUUAUACAAGAUGCAGAAUGUCUAUGGCGGCCCUGUUCGCAUCUGCUACCAACUUCCUAAUGAAAGUCUCGACACUCUUGUCUCGGUUUACUCUAUUGAGGAUUUUAAGAAUAUGAUGGAGGAGAUUGACUAUCUCUCAAAAGCCUCAAAAUGUGGAUGUACUAAGCUUUGGUUAUUUCUCUUCUCUGUAUUCGGUCUAGAGGAUCUUUCAGAUAGAUUCAAUAGUGCAGUUUUUAAUUAUUGCGGGCUGAGUUCUAUUAACACAACCAAUAAAACACUCUCUUUUGAGACAAAUGUCAACGGGAGGCAUUCGAAAGAAGACACUAUACAUGUCACCUCCACUCUAAACAUAAACACAAGAGAUAAAGUAUUCAUCAAUGAAGCAUUGGAGCAUCAGAAAUUUUCACCUCAUUCCAAUGUAGUUGACAUGAGAAAUGUGGGCAACCAGCUUGACAAAGAUAUUAGAAGGCGACCGAUGCAUCAACAACAACCACAUGGUUACAGAACAUAUGAUGCAAGUUUAAAAAGGCUUCGGUCUCAGCUUUCAGACAUAUUCAAUAACAACCGCAUGAAUAAUAUAAACUAGUAUUUAUGAUCUAGUUAAGCGAAGAAAAAGUUAGUUCUUUAGUCAUUUGUAAAGCAUGUUAUUAUUUUUUUAAGCAAAAAGUUUUUGUCAUUACAUUAUAUAAUA